AUGGAGGGGGGCAUGGGGCUGGAGUGGGCGCUGGUGGGGCUCGUGGGCUGGGCCGUGGCUACCAUUACCUACGCUUCACGGCGUGCCUUGGCCCAUCACAACGACCCCAAUCGACGGCUCGACGGGAGUGAGGUGGUUCAGCUGUCGGGCCACAGCGGCGUGUGGCUGGCGGUGGGCGCGUCGGUGUCGCUGGUGGUCUUCUUCUACGGCUCGGCGGCACUCGCGCUCGUGGGCGCCCUGUCCGUGUGCAUCACGGGCUUCUUCGCGCUCGCGUGGGCGCUCGACCCACUCCUCUCCCUCGCCACCGCCUCUUCAUCUUCCUCUUCUUCUGCCUUCUCUUCCUCCUCCUCGGCUUCGAUGUCAUCGCCCUUUGUCAUGCGCUCGGUGGCGAAUGGCGGGCUGGUGACCGGCGGGGCGAGCGUGCUGGUGAUCUUCGCCUGGUUCGUGUGUCAGCAUUGGAUCCUCAACAAUGCGUUGGGAGUGGCGAUGUGCGUGCUGUUCGUGAGCCUGGUGCGGGUGCCCAGCAUGAAGGUCUCCGCGGCCGUGCUCGGCUCCCUCUUCCUCUACGACAUCUUCUGGGUCUUCCUCUCGCACCACUUCUUUGGCGAAAACGUCAUGUUGGCGGUAGCGACGCGCGAGGCGCAGAACCCGGCGGCGGUGCUGGCGCAGCACCUUCACCUGGAGGCCCACGUGAGUCCGUCGCUGCAGCUGCCGGCCAAGAUCAUCUUCGGGCCGCUCAUGCUCGGGCUGGGCGACAUCGUGCUGCCGGGCCUGCUCGCCGCCUUCGCCAUGCGGUUCGGCCACCGCAAGACCGGACGCACCUUCAUCAACCCGCACUACCUCUGCUUUCUAUGCGGAUAUGGAGUGGGACUGUUGGCGUCGUUUGCGGCGGUGAUGACAUAUCGGAUGGCGCAGCCGGCGCUGCUCUACAUCGUGCCGUCGACGCUCGGCGCGCUGGCGCUGCUGGGCCUGUGGCGCGGCGAGCUCGUCGAGCUGUGGCACGGCUUUCCCGAGGACUUCCUCCUGCUCGCCGGCAACAAUGACGGCGACACGCGCCGACCAGACGAGCCUGAUCGCUAUGAUGUCUGA